GGGGACCCGGCCCGGCCCGGUGCUCCCGUCCUCAUCCAACGCGCUCCUCACAGGGGAUGAGCCCCAGCGAGGUGCCUGCGCCUCCGUUCAGGGCGGACCCUGCAGGUUUUCUGUCAGAUGUUCCACCGUAAUAAUGCUGGAGUUAAGAAGUCUCCAUUUUCUUUGCUCCAAACCAGAAGACUUUGUUCCCUGCAUAUAGAGUAGGAGUAAUGUUGGUUAAAAACUGGCUGGUGUUUAAAACUGAAGAUUAUCAUGACUAUUUAACCUAAACCCUAUUCUGAAGUAAAAAUAACUGUCUUGGAAAUAUUAAGUUGGGGUAACCCACAUUUGCUUUUGGAACCAUGAAAAUUUUGCUUGUUUUUGACUUUGACAAUACAAUCAUAGAUGAUAAUAGUGACACCUGGAUUGUACAGUGUGCUCCAGAGAAAAAGCUUCCUAUUGAACUACGAGAUUCUUAUGAAAAAGGAUUUUGGACAGAAUUUAUGGGCAGAGUCUUUAAAUAUUUGGGAGAUGAAGGUGUAAGAGAAGAUGAAAUGAAAAGAGCAGUGACAUCAAUGCCUUUCACUCUAGGGAUGGUGGAACUUUUGAACUUUAUAAGAAAGAACAAGGAUAAAUUUGACUGCAUCAUUAUUUCAGAUUCAAAUUCAGUCUUCAUAGAUUGGGUUUUAGAAGCUACCAGUUUUCGUGAUGUGUUUGAUAAAGUGUUUACAAAUCCAGCAGCUUUUGAUAGCAAUGGUCAUCUCACUGUGGAAAAUUAUCAUGCUCAUUCUUGCAACAGGUGCCCAAAAAAUCUUUGCAAAAAUGUAGUUUUGGUAGAAUUUGUAGAUAAACAGUUACAAAAGGGAGUGAAUUAUACACGAAUUGUUUAUAUAGGCGAUGGUGGAAAUGAUGUCUGCCCAGUAACUUUUUUAAAGAAGAAUGAUGUUGCCAUGCCACGGAAAGGAUACACGUUACAGAAAACUCUUUCCAGAAUGUCUCACAAUCUUGAACCUAUGGAAUCUUCUGUUAUAGUUUGGUCUUCAGGUGUUGAAAUAAUUUCUCAUUUACAAUUUCUAAUAAAGGAGUAAUAUGCCAACAACUGAAAUGUGUAUCGGUUAAGGUUAGGUACAACAGCAUAAAACUAAAACCCCAAAUACCAGUGGCUUUAAAAAAAGAACAAUUUUUCCCUCUCACUUAAAAGAAUUUCAGAGGUAAGUAUCCCAAGGCUGCUGUGUGCUCUAGCAACCUCCGCACUUGGCUUCUAUCUCACAUUCCGAGAUUGCUGUUCAAGCCUUUUCCCUCGCAUCAACACUAGUCGGCAAGAGAGAGGGCAGUGAAUGAAAAGUUGCACCCUCACUUAACUUUCUCUGGCCAAGACUUAGUCACGGUCCCUCCACCUAACUGCGAGGAAAGAUGAAAAAUAAAGCCUUUAUUCCGGAUGACCAUAUGCCUGGGAAAAAUUGGAGAAAAAAAGGAGGACAGGAUUGAGGUAGGUGCAAUUAGUGUCUCUACCAAAGGUGGGUGAUAGGUAGAUUAUAUUUUUAAAUUUAUUCCCAGAGAGAGUAGUCAUAUAUUUUACUUUCUUAGAUGCUUACCUCAAAAGCAUGUCUCAUAGUUACAAAUCUUAAGAAUAAACCUGAUACUUUAUUCACAUAAUAAUAAAAGGUUCCAGGACGCCUGGGUGGCUCAGUUAAGCAUCUGCCUUCGGCUCAGGUCAUUAUCCCAGGGUCCUGGGAUUGAGCCCUGCAUCUGGCUCAUUGCUCAGCAGGGAGUCUGCUUCUCCUUCUGCCUGCCGCUCUCCCUGCUUGUGUGUGCGCUCUCUCUCUCUGACAAAUAAAUAAAUAUCUUAAAAAAAAAAAAAAGAAUAAGAUUCCAAAAUGUAUAUAAUGUCCUACUCCCAAGUCAAUAUUUUUUUUUAAGAUUUAUUUAUUUAUUUGAGGGCGCCUGGAUGGCUCAGUCGUUAAGCGUCUGCCUUCGGCUCAGGUCAUGAUCCCAGGGUCGUGGGAUCGAGCCCUGCAUCGGGCUCCCUGCUCCGCGGGAAGCCUGCUUCUCCCUCUCCUGCUCCCCGUUUGUGUUCCCUCUCUCGUUGUGUCUCUCUCUGUCAAAUAAAUAAAUAGAAUCUUUAAAAAAAUAUAUUUAUUUGAGAGAGAGCAUGAGCAGAAGAGGGGCAGAGAAAGAAUCCACAGACUCUCUGCUGAGUGUGGGGCUGACACGGGUAAUCCCAGGACCUGAGAUCAUGCCCUGAGCCAAAACCAAGAGUCGGCUGGCUGCUCAACCAACUGAGCCAUUCAGGUGCUUUAAAAUCAGUAUUUUAAAGAUAGGGAUGCAGUAUCUAUUGCACAAGUUUUUAUGAAUUUCAGAUUUUCCUUUUUAAAAUGAAAUAACAACAUUCUUCAAAUAUUUUAAAUUUAUAUCAGCAUCACAGACUAUAAUUCCAGUAUGCUGGUUUAGUCAGUAUGUUAUUUCUAUUUAGCAAUACAAUCUUUUGUUUUAUUUUUUUUUAAGUAGGCUCUACAGCCAGCAUGGAGCCCAAUGUGGGGCUUUAACUCACAACCCUGAAAUCGAGAUCUGAGCUGAGAUCAAGAGUCAGAUGCUUAACCGACUGAGCUACCCACAUGCCCCAUUUUUUAUUGUUGUUGUUCUUUCUUUUUGUUCUUUACUUGAAGUUUAGUUAAUACCAUGUUACAUUAGUUUCAGGUGUACAACAUAGUGGCUGGACAAGUUUAUAUGUUAUAUGUUUAUCAUCAGGCUAAGUUCACCACAGGUGUAACUCCCAUCCGUCACCAUGGAAGGCUGUUAAAAUACUGUUGACUGUAUUCCCUGUACUGUACCUCUCAUCCUGUGACUUACUCAUGCCAUAACUGGAAGCCUAUAUCUCCCACUCCUCUUCACCCAUUUUCCAUUCCCUCCACCCCACACUCCUCUGGCGACCAUGGGUUUAUUCUCUAUAUUUAUGGGUCUGUUUCUGCUUUGUUUUAUUUUUCAGACUACACAUAUAAGUGAAAUCAUAUGGUAUAUGUCUUUCCCUGACUUAUUUCACUUAGCCUAAUGUCCUCUAGGCCCAACCAUGUUUUUGCAGAUGGCAAGCUACCAUUCCUUUUUGCGGCUGAGUAAUAUUCCUGUGUGUGUGUGUGUGUGUGUGUACACAUCAUAUCUUCUUUAUUCAUCUAUGAUAGACACUUAGCUUGCUUCUGUAUCUUGGCUAUUAUACAUAAUGCUGCAAUAAACAUAGGGGUGCAUAUAUCUUUUUGAAUUAGUGUUUUUGUUUUCUUUCGGUAAAUAACCCAUAGUGGAAUUACUGGAUCGUGUAGUACUUACAUUUUUUUUUUUAAUGAACCUUCAUACUGUUGUCCAUGGUGGCUGCAUCAAUUUACAUUCCCACCUUUUUCCCCACAUCCUUGCCAACACUUAUCAUUUCUUGUCUUUUUGUUACUAGCCAUUCUGACAGGUGUAAAGUGGCAUCUCACUGUGGUUUUGAUUUGCAUUUCCCUGAUGAUUAGUGAUGUUCAGCAUCUUUUCAUGUGUCUCUUAGCCAUCUAUGUCUUCUUUGGAAAAAUGUCUAUUCAGGUCCUCUGCCCAUUUUUUUUUCUGCCCAUUUUUUAAAUUGGACUGUUUCUUUGGUGUUGAAUUGUAUAAGUUCUUUAUACAUGUUGGAUAUUAACCCCUUAUUGGAUAUAUCACUUGCAAAUAGUGUCUCCCAUUCAGUAGUUUGCCUUUCUGUUUUGUUGAUGUUUCUCUUUGCUGUGCAAAAGCUUUUUAUUUUGGUGUAGUCCUAGUAGUUAAUUUUUGCUUUUGUUUCCUUUGCCUGGAGGAGAUAUAUCUGGAAAAAUGUUGCUAAGGCCAAUGUCAAAGAGAUUACUGCCUGUUUUCUUCUGGGGGUUUCAUGGUUUCAAGUCUCACAUUUAGGUCUUUAAUCCAUUUUGAAUUUAUGUUUGUGUAUGGUGUAAGAAAGAGUCUGGUUUUAUUCUUUUGCAUGUAGCUGUCCAGUUUCCCCAGCACCAUUUAUUUUUUAUUGUUAUUUUUAAAUAUGAGCCCUUUCUUUCUUUCUUUUUGAGAGAGAGAGAGAGAGAGAAAGAGAGAGAGAGGAGGGACAGAGGGACAGAGAGAAUCCCAAGCAGCCUCCACACCUGGUGCAGAGCCUGAUGCAGGGCUGGAUCUUAUGAUCCUGAGAUCACGAUCUGAGCCAAAAUCAAGAGUCAGACACUUAAGUGACUGAACCACCCAGGCACCCCUUCCCAGCACCAUUUAUGAGA